AUGGUAUGGAAUUACUAUGACGGCAAGGUCCUCUUUGUGACGGGAGGCUCAGGCUUCAUUGGGACCGCACUUCUCUGGCGACUCUUGAGUCAAUCGUCACCUGAACGAGUAUAUGUGUUAUGUCGAGGUGGAUAUGCCAAAGCGGAAGAAAAAUGGACAAGCAUGCUUCCAGCUUCGACUGCAAAGAUCCUCACCGAGAGUCAACGAUUGACUAUUCUGGACGGUGAAUUGGGUGAUACGGCUACUAUGGAUCUACCAGAAGAGACAUUGCAGAUGCUCAAGCAAACAGUGCACAUAGUCAUCCACGCAGCGUGUUCCGUCCAACUACAAAACUCUCUCCGAGAACUAUCAUAUAGUGUUUUGGCACCAUCCCUGUGCCUGACCAAAUAUGCCUUGAAAUUUCCCAAUCUGGAACGGUUCGUCUUCUUUUCCACCGCAUAUGCCAACGCCCAUCUAUGGCAGACAAGCAAGUCAUCCGAUGUGCGUGUCGACGAAAGGAUAUACCCUCUCGGCACUGAGAGCGAAGAUUACUGUCAAAGCGCACUAGAUUCGUGGCGUGCAGUUCAAGGUACCGGCUCAUCAGAUGAAUACGACGCCCAUGAUUUUCCCUGGCCCUACGCCUACGCCAAACACCUAGCCGAGCGACUUGUCCUGCAGAAAGCAUCAGAACGCGACAAGCUAGACAAAGUCCUCAUCAUUAGACCGUCAGUCAUCGGCCCUGCAGACAAACUUCCAUAUCCCGGGUAUGCAACCUCACAGGGCACACCCUCGACAGCCUGUGCGGCGGCGUACAUGCUCCAUCCCGGCCGACGAAUCAUGCUUGCGUCACGAUGCGAGAUGCCAGGCCAAGAAGCAACUAUUGAUGAAGUCCCCGUGGAUGUGGUGGUGGAUCGGGUGUUGGUCCAUGUCGCAGUGGGAACGAGUGGAUGUGUUCAUGCUGUCAGUGGGGAGCAGGGUCGGUUGUCUGUUGACGAGUGGUGGCAUGCGUUCAAGAAAGAGAGACGAAUUCCUUGGAAUGCCAAACUUGCUUGGACGGGAGAGGAUUGGCAUUCGCCUAAUCUUCAUCAGAUGGCCAGACGGUUUAAGAUUAUUGGGACUUCUUUUGCAUUCUCAGAGGACAAGACUGUGCAAGUGGCGGAGAAGCUGCAGGGGCAGAAAGGGGAUCUGAUGUUGUUUGCGGAUCGGUCUUUGCCUUAUUCUUUGCAUUUGAGAAGACAUCAUAUCCAUCAUAUGGCGGUCCAGCAUGCCAGAACGAAUAGGUGGCCUGCUUGUUAUGCUAAGUUGUUUUGUCGCAAGGGGAAGUCUUUGGCUCAGUUGGAUGAGCAGGUGAAGGCGUGA